AUGACCACCAACGGUGAGGAGACCACUUCGGAUCGCAACGUAGAGAUAUGGAAGAUCAAGAAGCUCAUCAAGAGUCUAGAGAUGGCCCGAGGUAAUGGAACAAGUAUGAUAUCGUUAAUCAUACCUCCUAAGGAUCAGAUUUCCAGAGUGAGUAAAAUGUUAGCUGAUGAAUAUGGUACUGCAUCAAACAUCAAGUCACGUGUAAACAGAUUGUCAGUAUUGGGUGCUAUUACAUCAGUACAGCAAAGAUUAAAACUUUACACUAAAGUUCCACCUAAUGGAUUAGUAGUGUAUUGUGGAACCAUUGUGACUGAGGAAGGCAAAGAAAAGAAAGUUAAUAUUGAUUUUGAGCCAUUCAAACCUAUAAAUACUUCUUUGUACCUUUGUGAUAAUAAGUUUCAUACAGAAGCACUAACAGCACUAUUAGCAGAUGACAAUAAAUUUGGUUUCAUUGUGAUGGAUGGUAAUGGCGCAUUGUUUGGUACUUUACAAGGAAACACCAGAGAGGUUCUACAUAAAUUUACUGUGGACUUACCGAAAAAGCAUGGUAGAGGAGGUCAAUCUGCUUUACGUUUUGCCCGUCUACGUAUGGAAAAACGACACAAUUAUGUACGUAAAGUAGCAGAGGUAGCCACUCAAUUGUUUAUUACAAAUGACAAACCUAAUGCAGCUGGAUUAAUAUUGGCUGGUAGUGCAGACUUUAAAACAGAACUUAGUCAAUCUGAUAUGUUUGAUCCUCGGUUACAAGCAAAAAUUAUUAAAUUAGUUGAUGUAUCUUAUGGUGGUGAAAAUGGUUUUAAUCAAGCUAUUGAAUUAGCUGCCGAAUCAUUACAAAAUGUUAAAUUUAUUCAAGAAAAAAAAUUAAUAGGACGAUAUUUUGAUGAGAUCAGUCAAGAUACUGGAAAAUACUGUUUUGGUGUUGAGGAUACUUUAAAAGCUCUAGAACUUGGAUCUGUUGAAACAUUGAUAUGUUGGGAGAACCUAGACAUUCAGAGAUAUGUAUUAAAAAACCAUACAACAGCUGAAGAAAAAAUAUUGCAUUUGACCCCAGAACAAGAAAAAGAUAAAUCACAUUUCACGGAAAAAGAUACCGGAGUUGAAUUGGAAUUAGUUGAGUGUCAGCCACUUUUAGAAUGGUUAGCAAACAAUUAUAAAAUUUUCGGAGCUACCUUAGAAAUAAUCACAGAUAAAUCCCAAGAAGGAUCACAAUUUGUUAGAGGAUUCGGUGGCAUAGGAGGAUUAUUACGUUAUAAAGUUGAUUUCCAAAGUAUGCAGUGUGAUGAUUUGGAUCCAAAUGAACUUUAUGACAUUGACGAUUAUUAG